AAAAACACCUCAUUCCAUUUCCAUUUCCACUUCCACUUCAACUCAAACCAAACAAACAAACAACCAUGAAAUCCAACCUCUUCUUCAUCCUCCUCCCACUCUUCCUCCUCCUCCCUUCCUCCGCCAUCCGCUUCGACAUCGAAAACAACUGCUCCUACACCCUCUGGCCCGCCGUCCUCCCCCACGGGGGCGGCCGCCGCCUUGACAGCGGGCAGACCUGGACCCUCGACUUCCCCGACGGGCCCAGGCUGGCCAGAAUCUGGGCCCGCACCAACUGCUCCUUCGACUCCUCCGGCCGCGGCUCCUGCCUCACCGGAGACUGCGCUGGCCAGCUCAACUGCACCUCCUACGGCGCCCCGCCGCUCUCCAAGGCAGAGUACGGCCUCAACAACUUCGCCCACGAGGACUACUACGACGUCUCCCUCAUCGACGGCUUCAACGUCCCCCUUGAGAUGACCCCGACCACCAACGGCUGCUCCAAGCCCGUCCGGUGCUCGGCCGACGUCGUCGCCCAGUGCCCCGCCGACCUCAGGGCCCCCGGCGGCUGCCACAACCCGUGCACCGUCUACAAGACGCCCGAGUACUGCUGCCGGGCUGGGAGGUGCCUCCCCACCGAUAAGUCGAGGUACUUUAAGGGGCUGUGCCCCGAGACGUUCACCUACCCGGAGGACGACCCCACUAGCACCUUCACGUGCCCGGAGGGAACCAACUAUCGGGUCGUCUUCUGUCCCUAAAGCUCCCUCCUCCGCACGUGAAUAAAUUAAAAGAGACAUUUUGAUUUGGCACGAGACUUAUCUAAUAAUGGGAGUACUAUUUUAUGUACAAUUCCAAAAUAUGUCUAGGACACAUGUAUUUUUCAUUGAUGAAUAUUUUAAUUCGCGUAUCUAGGAUUUGUGUUACUCACUAUUUCAGUAAAAUAUAAAUUUAAGUAAAAUUUUCUUCAAUUUUAUUGGA